CAGGGGAAUCCUAGGGAAAAACUACGUAUCGAUACACGUCAAGAAGUUCGUAGGAGUUUACAAUUUUGUAUUUCUUGCGUCACGGGAUUCCAUUCCUUCUUCUCUGCUGCUUUCUAUGUUAUUUUGGAUUAACAGAUAUCAAAUUUUGGACUCAUUAAAGAAAUGUAUUUGUGAUAGCAAACAGCAUCCUUCAGACAUUCUGAAGUCUCUUAUCGUUUACCAACGACUCGAUGUGGGUCCGGAUGCUCUGGAGAAAUUUUCAAAAGUUAUUGAUACAAGUAAUCGAGUGGCAGAGCAGCACGGUUCGCUUCUGGUCUUGUGGCAAAGUACACAGUUCACACAGGACAUCAUCCGUCAGGAAGUCCACUGGUCUCGGACCAUUUAUUUAGCCGAAUCGCCGUGGGCAGGUCAAGUCCAUCGAUUGAGUCCUUAAGAGGACAUCGUACGACGCACCUUGCUGACUUACGUCACCGGCUGCCUUAACCUUAGGCUUUAGGGUCUUGGCAGGCGGUUCUUAUCAAGACUGGAGCCGCCACAGCCUCUCUCAACAGCAGCGCAACUGUUUAUCAGAAUCAUAAGAUUUCUCUGAUGUCGUCUUCUCGCAGCCUCCUUAACCCGAUGUUCCCGAUAAACCGUUUUGGCCGCAAACCGCCAAUUAUCCGUUUAGCCAUUUUUGGUAAAUGCUCAUUCGCGACUAAAGGCAACCUGACUCG